AUGAGUGGGGAGAGUGUGUACUCAGGCCUGACCCUGCUUUGGGCUGCCUGGGUCUUUGCAGUUGCCACUGAGGGUGGAGGAGCUGACGCCCCACUGAGGAACUCCAGGCUGGGAUGGGUCCGGGGCAAACGGGUCAGCGUGCUGGGCUGCUCCGUGUCGGUGAACGUGUUCCUGGGGGUCCCCUUCGCCGCGCCCCCUGUGGGACGGCAACGAUUUGCGAAACCUAACCCUGCAUUGCCCUGGGAGGACGUCCGAGAUGCUACAACCUACCCUGCACUGUGCUACCAGAACACACAGUGGCUACACGCAGAUCGUCACCUAGUCAAGAUGCAGUACCCUGAGCUGGAGGUGUCCGAGGACUGCCUGUACCUCAACAUCUAUGCGCCCGAACAUGCGUGCUCUGGCUCCAAGCUCCCGGUCAUGGUGUGGAUCCCGGGCGGCUCCUUUGAGACAGGCUCAGCCUCCAUCUUUGAUGGCUCCGCCCUGGCUGCCUAUGAAGACGUGCUGGUCGUGACCACCCAGUACCGGCUGGGCAUCUUUGGCUUCUUCAACACAGGGGACCAGCAUGCUCCGGGGAACUGGGCCUUCCUAGACCAACUGGCAGCCCUCACCUGGGUCCAGGAGAACAUCCUGUUCUUUGGUGGGGACCCCAACUCCGUGACUGUCUUUGGCGAGUCUGCAGGAGCUAUUAGUGUUUCUAGCCUGAUCCUGUCCCCUCUAUCCAAGGGCUUAUUCCAUAAAGCCAUCAUGGAGAGCGGGGUGGCCAUCAUCCCUUACCUGAGGGCCUCGAAAAAGGAGAGGGAUGAAGAUCUGGCAGUGAUUGCGGAGAUAUGUGACUGCAAGGCGUCGGACUCCAAGGCUCUGCUCAAGUGUCUGAGGGCGAAAUCCUCUCAGGAGCUGCUGAGCCUCAAUAAGAAGGUCAAGUCUUUUGUUCGAGUGAUUGAUGGUUUCGUCAUUCCUCAUGAGCCUCUAGACCUCUUGUCUCAGAGUACAUACCAUCCAGUUCCUUCUAUCAUUGGAGUUAAUAACCACGAGUGUGGCUUCCUACUGCCCAUGAAAGAGUUUCCUGAAGUCUUCCAGGGUGUCAACAAGUCUUAUGCCUUGAAGUUGGUGCAAAUCAACCUGCGCACUUCCACCCAGUUUUUGCAGCUUGUGGCUCAAGAAUACUUCCAGAACAAGCAAUCUGAGCUGGAAACACGGGAUAUUCUCCUGGACUUGUUCGGAGAUGUGUUCUUCACGGUUCCUGGACUGGUCACAGCUCAGUAUCAUAGAGACUCCGGCACGCCAGUCUAUUUCUACGAAUUCCAGCACCGACCCCUCUGCUUUGCGGACUCGAAACCUGCCUUCGUGAAAGCUGACCACACGGAUGAAAUCCGCUUUGUCUUUGGAGGGCCCUUCCUGAAGAGUGACAUGGUCAUGUUUGAGGGAGCCACAGAGGAGGAAAAAACGCUCAGCAGGAAGAUGAUGAGAUACUGGGCCAACUUUGCCCGCAGUGGGGAUCCUAAUGGAAUAGGCCUACCUCGGUGGCCGGCCUUCAACGGCAGCAAAGAGUAUCUGCAGCUGGACCUGAACAUCAGUGUGGGCAGGAACCUGAAGGAGCGGCCGGUGGCCUUCUGGAGCAGAGCCUUCCCAGCCAUCCUGUCCGCCGGAGUCGUCCACGACCCGCUUUCUCCCCUACUUAAAGGACCCCUGUGCCUCACCAGCUGGGUGGCCCAGAGCUGGAAAGUCUGUCCGAGUCACGAUGAGACUGGAGGCCACCACCUGCAGGCCGCACCCAGUCCUGCCCGGGGCCCUGAGAGACUUUGGCUGUUGGCAGAACUGGGUGAUGUCACCAGCACCUUCAAUCCAGGGCUGAAGAGAGCACGCUACAGUUUUCCCAGCCAAGGGUGA